GAUGAUGAAGGAGGGAGUGGAGAAAGCCGGGCUGAAGGCUCACUACAUGAGCCAGCCGCUCGCUUUCCACACUCCUGACUGCAACUGCCAGGGUUUCAUUGAUCUGCCCGAGUUCCCUUUCAGUCUGGAGCCGAGGAUCCUGACCAGAUGGGACAUGCAGCAAUACGCCCGGGAGGCGUACGCUGUUGGCAUCCGCUACAUCGGGGGCUGCUGUGGAUUCGAGCCCUAUCACAUCCGCGCCCUGGCUGAGGAGCUGGCACCUGAGAGGGGCUUCCUACCUGCUGGCUCUGAGAAGCACGGCAACUGGGGCAGUGGUCUGGAGAUGCACACGAAGCCUUGGGUCAGAGCCAGAGCCCGCCGUGACUACUGGGAGAAGCUGAAGCCCGCGUCCGGCCGUCCCUUGUGCCCCUCGAUGGCCACGGCCGAUAGUUGGGGGGUCACCAAAGGUCACGCUGACCUGAUGCAGCAGAAGGAGGCCACCUCCCAGGAGCAGCUGAAGGCCCUCUUUGACAAGGCCAACAAAAACCAGUGAAGACGAGAGAAGGCGUAUUCACAGUCCCUGAAGUUUACAAACCAAAAAGAUCGGAAAGUUCUUUUUAGGACCUUUUUUCACUGUAUGUAGAAGACUGGCAUCAUACGGUAGAACUUUAAAUUAGCUUUCCAGCUUAAAGCGAGAAUCGGUGCCUGUUAAAAAAUAUCACAACUGUGAAUUACUGCAAAAACAUGAAAGCAGCCACCUUAAAGUAAUGCCUCAACACUCCAAUGUACCUAAUGUGUUCUUUGAAAAUAAUUGAAUGAUGUGUAGCAAUAAAUGUAUAA